GGUUGAUUUCCGGGUCAAGAGGUCCGAGCUGGGUGCAUCACCAUGGAAGCGCUCGGUUUGGUCACGUGGUGGCCCUGGUUACGCCGGGUGGCGGCUGUGGGGUCCCCGGCACAGGCGGGGGCCAUAUUGCCGGAGGCUGGCUCCGGGAGUGGAGGGCCCGAGCGGCCUGGCAGCUGACCGGAGCCAUUCCUCGCCAUCUCUGCACCUCGGGCCUCGGAGAGGAGCUGGAAGGCUGGGCUUCAUCCAGCCCUCCCGAGACGGCGAUGGUUCCCUCCAGCCGUCGCUACCCGACGACCCUCCAUGGCGGCCGCGCCUUCCGAGCUGCUCCUGCCGCCGCCCCUUGCAGCCGUGGGUUCCUAUCGCCUCCCGAGCCGCAGUCGUCCUUCCGCUCCAGGGACUGAUGGGCGUCGAGCUGGGGGCACAAUGAGAGGCGAGAAAAACUACUACUGCCGCGGGGCUGCCGGGGAUCACGGCUCCUGCCCCUCGACGCCGUCGCCUCUGACUUCGACCCUGCUCUUGCCCGCGGAGGCCGUGUCCAGUAGCUGGUCGGGGCCCGGGAGUGGGUUGUCGGGAGGAGAUGAAGAGGAGACGCGGCUCCUUCAACUCCUGCGCACCGCCCCGGAUCCCUCCGAGGCGUUCCAGGCUUUGCAGGCUGCCUUGCCGCGGCGGGGCGGCCGGCUUGGCUUUCCCCGCCGCAAGGAAGCCUUGUAUCGGGCGCUCGGCCGAGUGCUGGUGGAAGGCGGGAGUGAUGAAAAGAGGCUCUGCUUGCAGCUCCUCUCUGACGUUCUUCGAGGCCAGGGGGAGGCAGGUCAGCUGGAAGAGGCCUUUAGUUUAGCGCUUUUGCCCCAACUAGUUGUCUCAUUACGAGAAGAUAAUCCAGCCCUACGGAAGGAUGCGCUACAGAUCCUACAUAUAUGUCUGAGGCGCAGUUCUGGCCAAGUACUUAGAACGCUUAUACAAGGCCUGGAGAGUCCAGAUGCCCGGCUUAGAGCAUCCACCGCGCUGUUGCUCCCUGUCUUGCUUACUCCUGAGGAUUUAUUGCUGGGCUUGGAUCUCACUGAAGUAAUAAUAUCUCUGGCCCGAAAACUUGGCGAUCAAGAGAUGGAAGAAGAAUCUGAGACAGCAUUCUCCACACUUCAACAAAUUGGGGAACGGCUUGGUCAAGAGAGGUUUCAAUCCUACAUCUCUCGACUGCCCUCUGCUCUGCGGAGGCACUACAAUCGCCGCCUGGAGUCCCAGUUUGGAAGUCAGGUUCCUUAUUAUUUGGAGCUUGAAGCCUCUGGGUUUUCUGAAGAUCCUGCCCCUUGUAUAGCGACUUUUUCCAAUAGCAAUCUGAAAUUCGGGAUUAUUCCUCAGGAGCUGCACGCGAGAUUGCUGGAUCAGGAAGACUAUAAGAACAGGACUCAGGCUGUUGAAGAACUAAAACAGCUGCUGGGAAAAUUUAACCCAAGUUCUACCCCUCAUUCUAGUCUUGUUGGUUUCAUUAGCUUAUUGUAUAAUUUGUUAGACGAUUCCAAUUUCAAAGUGGUCCAUGGCACACUUCAAGUUCUGCAUUUGCUGGUUAUUUGCCUGGGGGAGCAGGUCCAACAGUUCUUGGGACCAGUUAUAGCAGCUUCUGUGAAAGUGCUGGCCGACAACAAGUUGGUGAUCAAGCAGGAAUACAUGAAGAUCUUUCUAAAGCUAAUGAAAGAAGUAGGCCCUCAGCAGGUGCUCUGUUUGCUCCUGGAAAAUCUUAAACAUAAACAUUCCAGGGUCAGAGAGGAAGUAGUGAACAUUUGCAUCUGUUCCCUCCUGACCUAUCCCAGUGAGGAUUUUGACUUACCCAAACUGUCGUUUGAUCUUGCUCCAGCUCUCGUGGAUAGUAAACGCAGGGUACGCCAAGCAGCUCUAGAAGCCUUUGCUGUUUUGGCGUCAUCAAUGGGCUCAGGGAAAACCAAUGUCCUUUUUAAAGCUGUAGAUACUGUUGAAUUGCAAGAUAACGGAGAUGGAGUGAUGAACGCCGUGCAGGCCAGAUUGGCCAGAAAGACUCUGCCACGGCUAACAGAGCAGGGAUUUGUGGAGUAUGCCAUCCUCAUGCCAUCUUCUGCCCAGGGUAGGUCCAGCCAUUUGGCACAUGGUGCAGAUACAGACUGGCUUAUGUCUGGAAACAGAACUCAGAGUGCACACUGUUACUGUGGUGACCACACGCGGGACAGCAUGCAGCUGUAUGGAUCCUACAGCCCAACGAUCUGUACCCGAAGGGUCUUAAGUGCUGGGAAAGGGAAAAAUAAAUUACCAUGGGAAAACGAGCAGCCUGGAGAAAACCAGACCUCCAAUUCAAAGGACACUAAAGAUACAGAGCAGUUUUCAGCUCAUGACCUCAUCCCAUCUCCAAAAUUAAAGCCAUCUCAAGGAAUGCCAGUCAAUGAUGAUUUGUGUUUUAGCAAAAAAAGGUCAUCAAGAAACUUAUUUCAGAGUAGUCGGGAUUUUAACUCUGAUUCAAUUCCUACGUGUGGUGCUGUAUACGCUAGCCUAAAUUUUGGCAAUAAGACUCAGCAAACGUUUGGUAGUCAAACAGAACGAACUUCUUCAUACUCUGGUUCAAGUGCAAGCCCAGGACCCUUUAUCCUUCCAUCCUAUCCCCUCUCAUCUCCUCGAGCUAGUCCAAAGCACACAUAUCCUCUUUCUGUAUCUCCAAAAAAAUCUCAAGAUAAUUCCAUUAGUUUCUCAAAUUCUUGGCCUCUUAAAAGCUUUGAAGGACUAUCAAAGCCAAGUCCACAGAAAAAACUUGUCAAUCAGAAAUCAUCUGACCCUACAGGAGAAAAUUUUCAAGAAAAAAAUACGCCAGUUCAACUUACACCUGCCUUGGUGAGAUCACCUUCUUCCCGGAGAGGCCUAAACGGGACUAAGCCUGUCCCUCCCAUACCAAGAGGAAUAAGCCUUUUGCCUGAUAAAGCUGACUUGAGCACAGUGGGACACAAAAAGAAACAGCCUGAUGAUAUUUGGAAAAGUGAAAAAGAUAGUCUUACAAUUGAUCUUUCAGAAUUGAAUUUCAGGGAUAAAGAUCUGGAUCAAGAAGAGAUGCAGAGCUCUCUUAGGUCCCUUCGUAACAGUGCAGCUAAGAAAAGAGCAAAGCUGAGUGGCAGUAGCAGCACUUCCGAUAUCGACAGUCCCGACUCUGCGCUGAAGCUUGAGCUGACCACGGACUCCCCGUCCCGAUCGUCCUCUCCAAACGUCAGCUCUUACAGUGAAAGUGGAGUUUAUAGCCAAGAGUCGUUGACCUCUUCUCUCUCUACAACUCCCCAGGGGAAGAGAAUAAUGUCAGACAUAUUUCCAACAUUUGGAUCAAAACCUUGCUCAACAAGACUUGGUUCUGCAAAGAAAAUCUCCCAUGCUGCUGAACAGACUCCUAGUGCGGGAUUUACAAGGUCAUCAAAUUUACAGCAGAUUUCCAAUUUUGACUUCACAUCUACAAAUACCUUAUCAGAAGACUCAGUAGUAAUUGUUGGAAAAGGUGUAUUUGUAAAUCCAAAUUCAGUACCAGCAACUUGCAACCAACCAGUGAUAUCCUCUUUGGAACAUGAGGAUACAUUCUCAGUGAAACCAAGCAUUGAACCGCCCUCAGGGAUUUAUGGAAGAGCAGUCCCACAAAAUACCCCGUCAUAUCUUGAUGUUGAAAAUGACAAAGAUACUAAAGUUUCUAUUGCAAAAUCUACUUAUGACAAGAUGAGACAAAAGAGAAAAGAAGAACAAGAGCUUUUUGAUGCUAAAGAUUGUGAAAGGAAAGAGCUGAAUCCCUGGGAACGAAUAAAACAUACAGGAACUGAGAAAAUGACAUCUGAAAGUGAAACAUCUCCCGGAGUCAUUCCACAGUAUAAAGAAAGAAUGUCUUCUGUCACUCAUAGUCCAGAGAUAAUGGAUUCAUUGGAAUUACGACCGUUUUCCAAACCAGAAAUAGCCCUGACAGAAGCCUUACGGCUUCUAGCUGAUGAGGACUGGGAGAAGAAGAUGGAGGGACUGAAUUUUAUCCGAUGCUUAGCUGCUUUCCACUCUGACUUGUUGAACACAAAGUUGCACGAAACAAACUUUGCAGUAGUUCAAGAGGUGAAAAAUUUACGGUCUGGGGUGUCGCGUGCUGCUGUGGUGUGUCUAAGUGAUCUUUUCACGUAUCUGAGGAAGAGCAUGGAUCAAGAGCUAGAUACUGCAGUAAGAGCUUUGCUGCACAAGGCUGGAGAGUCUAACACAUUCAUAAGAGAAGAUGUGGACAAGGCAUUGAGAGCUAUGGUUAAUAAUGUCACUCCUGCACGUGCAGUCAUUGCUCUUAUCAAUGGAGGACAAAGGUAUUAUGGUCGAAAGAUGCUUUUCCUCAUGAUGGGUCAUCCUAACUUUGAAAAAAUGCUUGAAAAGUAUAUUCCAUCUAAAGAUUUGCCAUAUAUUAAAGAAUCUGUUAAAAAUUUACGGCAAAAGGGUUUGGGAGAGAUACCUCUAGACACGCCGUCAGCAAAAGGAAGGCGUUCUCACACUGGCAGUGUUGGACACACAAGGUCAUCAUCUGUUUCUCGAGAUGCUUUCAGUUCUGGUGAAAGGGAAGUAACUGAAGUUCGAGAAGCCCCCAGAAAACCAGCUCCUCGAAAUUCCUUAGAAAGUGCUGAGUACAUUAAAGUUAUAACAGGUUUAUUAAAUGCAAAAGACUUUCGUGAUCGUAUUAAUGGGAUUAAACAACUUUUAUCAGAUACUGAAAACAAUCAAGAACUUGUUGUUGGCAACAUUGUGAAGAUCUUUGAUGCUUUUAAGUCUCGACUUCAUGAUUCCAAUAGCAAAGUGAAUCUGGUGGCUCUAGAAACAAUGCAUAAAAUGAUUCCUUUACUUCGAGACAACUUGUCUCCUAUAAUCAACAUGCUAAUUCCCGCAAUUGUGGAUAACAAUCUGAAUUCCAAGAACCCGGGCAUCUAUGCUGCUGCCACAAAUGUUGUUCAUGCACUGAGUCAGCAUGUAGAUAAUUACUUACUUCUACAACCAUUUUGCACAAAAGCUCAGUUUCUAAAUGGAAAAGCAAAACAAGAUAUGACAGAAAAACUUGCUGAUAUUGUCACGGACCUUUAUCAAAGGAAGCCUCACGCCACAGAACAGAAAGUGCUGGUGGUCUUAUGGCACCUCUUAGGGAAUAUGACACACAGUGGCUCCCUACCUGGAGCUGGCGGAAAUAUACGAACAGCCACAGCUAAAUUGUCAAAAGCACUUUUUGCACAGAUGGGUCAGAACUUAUUAAACCAGGCUGCAUCUCAACCACCACAUAUCAAAAAAAGUUUAGAGGAAUUGCUCGAUAUGACAGUUUUAAGUGAAUUAUGAGUUUUUGAUGAAAUAGUUAUGAUGAACAGACAAUUUACAUGAUGACAAAUGAAAUUUUUUAAGCUGUAUUUUGCAUUUUGAGUGCCUGCAUUUCAUGUUACAUUAAUUAAUGUAAAUUAAGUCAUUGGUUGUUUAUUUGCAGCCUAUCUGUGAGUACAGAUCUGACCUUCUAGCCAUCACAUGAAAACCUAAAAUAAUUAAUAUAAACUAGUAGUCAUGAAAUCAAUCCAUGGCACCUGGAAUGAACUAAAUUUUCAAUGUUUUUGAGACAAAUCCUGCUCAUUUGCACUAUUCUUAUAGAAACUGCAAUUUGUUGCCCCAUUUGUACAAUUAGAUUUGUAAUUAAAAAUAUACUUUUUAUUAUGUAAUCAUGUUCUGCUAUGUCUCAUUACUCUGCCUUGUUUUAUGAAAUGGAAGAAAAGUCAUUUAUCAUUUUAUGUUAUCACAAAAGAAGGUUUGUGUGCUGUUUGUGGAUAACAUGUUUCUGAAUCAGUCUGCUAAUAUGAUUAUGCAGUAUUAGCUUGCUAUUGCUGCUGUGUUAUUAUGGCAUAUUUGCUAAAUUUUGGGGUUUAAUCAUCUGCACAAUUGUGAAUUUAACAAGUUAUAAUAAUAAUAAAGCAUGAUGACCAAAGCUUAGAAAACAUUAACCAUUUGAAUGCACGUUUAAGAAACGUGUUGAAUGUAACUUUAUUUUUGUGUGCAAACACUAAGUUUUUAAUUUCUGUAUGUCUGUCCAUUUAUAAAGGUGUUAUUUUGCUGCCCAGUUGUGUAAUUCUCAAAAAUAGUGCCAGGUCUUCUAUAGUUUUUCUCAGAAUUCUUGGGCUUACACGUACUGUAUGCAUCCUAAAGGAGAAAAGGAAUGUUAUAAAAUAAAAGGAUUUAUUUCUGUA